UAAAAGAGCAAACCUGCGCCUGCAGCGCGCCACUUCCCAAAUUUGGGCUCGCUCCGUGCAGCGGUCGGGUGGAGAAGUCUGCGUGGCCCCUUGGCUCGGGAAAGGGGCGCCGCAGCGACCGGCGCGGAGAGGGGCCACCGCGGAGAGCCCCGGCCCGGCCCGGCCACCGCGGACCCCGAGACCAAAGGCUCCUGCUGCUUCCAGCCCAGCUCCUGCUCCUAACAGCCCCAGAACUCUGUCCGAGGGACGCUUCGGCCAUAGAACAGGGAUGGAAAAGCCUGUGGGCCCUGGCCUCAGUGGCUGUUUGGCUGUGCUCAUCCUACUGCCGUCCCUGAGCCUGGCACAGUAUGACGGCUGGCCCUACCAGCUCCAGUACCCCGAGUACUUCCAGCAGCCGGCUCCCGAGUACCACCAGCCCCAGGUGCCCUCGGACGUGGUCAAGAUCCAGCUGCGCCUGGCGGGCCAGAAAAGGAAACACAAUGAGGGCCGCGUGGAGGUCUACUACAACGGCCAGUGGGGCACCGUGUGUGAUGACGACUUCUCCAUCCACGCCGCCCAUGUCGUCUGCCGGGAGCUGGGAUAUGUGGAGGCCAGGUCCUGGGCCGCCAGCUCGGCCUAUGGCAAGGGGGAAGGGCCCAUUUGGUUGGACAAUGUCUACUGCACAGGAGGCGAGGCCACCCUGGCAGCCUGCACCUCCAACGGCUGGGGUGUCACUGACUGCAAGCAUACGGAAGAUGUCGGUGUGGUGUGCAGUGAGAAGAGGAUUCCUGGGUUCAGAUUUGACAACUCGCUGAUCAACCAGAUAGAGAACCUGAAUAUCCAAGUGGAGGACAUCAGGAUCCGCCCCGUCCUCUCAGCCUUGCGCCAUCGCACCCCGGUGACAGAGGGCUACGUGGAGGUGAAGAUAGGCAAGGCCUGGAAGCAGAUCUGCGACAAGCACUGGACCGCUAAGAAUUCCCACGUGGUCUGCGGCAUGUUCGGUUUCCCUGGGGAGAAAACGUACAACACCAAGGUUUACAAAAUGCUGGCCGCACGGAGGAAGAAGCGCUACUGGCCGUACUCCAUGAACUGCACUGGCACGGAGGCCCACGUCUCCAGCUGCAAUCUGGGGCCCCAAGUGUCACAGGACCCCGUGAAGAACGUCACCUGUGAGAAUGGGCAGCCCGUGGUGGUCAGCUGUGUACCUAGCCAGGUCUUCAGCCCUGAUGGGCCCUCAAGAUUUCGGAAAGCCUACAAACCAGAGCAACCCCUGGUGCGGCUCAGAGGUGGUGCCCAGGUCGGGGAGGGCCGUGUGGAGGUGCUCAAGAACGGAGAAUGGGGGACGGUGUGCGACGACAACUGGGACCUGGUGUCGGCCAGCGUGGUCUGCAGAGAGCUGGGCUUCGGAACUGCCAAAGAGGCCGUCACCGGCUCCCGGCUGGGGCAAGGGAUUGGACCCAUCCACCUCAACGAGGUCCAGUGCACGGGGACGGAGAAAUCAAUCAUCGAGUGCAAACUCAACACCGAGUCACAGGGCUGUAACCACGAAGAGGACGCAGGCGUGCGCUGCAACAUCCCCACCAUGGGCUUCCAGAAAAAGGUGCGCCUGAGCGGAGGCCGCAAUCCCUACGAGGGCCGGGUGGAGGUGCUGGCAGAGCGGAACGGGUCCCUGGUGUGGGGGACGGUGUGCGGUCAGAACUGGGGCAUCGUGGAAGCCAUGGUGGUCUGCCGGCAGCUGGGCUUGGGGUUCGCCAGCAACGCUUUCCAGGAGACCUGGUAUUGGCAUGGAAAUGACGGCAACAGAGUGGUCAUGAGUGGGGUGAAGUGCUCAGGAACGGAGCUGUCCCUGGCACACUGCCGCCACGACGAGGACGUGUUCUGCCCCCAGGGUGCAGUGCAGUUCGGGGCUGGAGUCGCCUGCUCAGAAACCGCCCCCGACCUGGUGCUCAACGCGGAAGUGGUGAAGGAGACCACCUACCUGGAGGAGCGGCCCAUGUCCAUGCUGCUGUGCGCGCGGGAGGAGAACUGCCUCUCGGCCUCAGCUGCGCUUGUGCAGACAGACGAGGAGCUGGCCCGCCACUACCGCCGCCUGCUGCGCUUCUCCUCCCAGAUCCACAACAACGGCCAGUCCGACUUCCGCCCCAAGAACGGCCGCCAUGCGUGGAUCUGGCACGACUGUCACAGGCACUACCACAGCAUGGAAGUGUUCACCCACUACGACCUGCUGAACCUCAACGGCACCAAGGUGGCUGAGGGCCACAAGGCCAGCUUCUGCCUGGAGGACACAGAAUGCGAAGGAGCUAUCCAGAAAAGUUACGAGUGUGCCAACUUUGGGGAGCAGGGCAUCACCAUGGGCUGCUGGGACAUGUACCGCCAUGACAUCGACUGCCAGUGGAUCGACAUCACUGACGUGCCCCCUGGAGAAUACCUGUUCCAGGUUGUCAUUAACCCCAACUACGAGGUACCCGAGUCGGAUUUCUCCAACAACAUCAUGAAGUGCAGGUGUCGCUAUGAUGGCCACCGCAUCUGGAUGUACAACUGCCACAUAGGUGGCUCCUUGAGUGAGGAGACAGAACAGAAGUUUGAGCAGUUCAGUGGACUCUUAAAUAACGAGCUCUCCGUGCAGUAAAGAAGCCUCGGGGUCACCUCCUGUCUUCGGGUCACACCGCACCUCCCCGGCGGCCAUCCAGACUCAGCUCAGGAGGAGGUGUGCCCUCAUCAUCAGGUGCCGCGGCCUGGCUGGCCUUGGAGGCGGGGCUUGGCCACGGGGCUGUGGGAGCAGUGCCGGAAGCCAAGCUUGCCAGCAUCUGGGGUGGCACGCAGGCUGUCAUCAGCUUGCGCCCCGAGCCACGGUCCAUCCUCCAUCUGACGCCUCCAGACUGUGCACGGUUCAUACGAGGCCGCUUCCUUCUGCAGUUACAAGGGGGCACAUGGGAGCUAUGAGCCCAGAGGAGGCCAGGUUGAACCCCAGCAGACUUGAACACAGACCUCUCCUCCAAGUCCGCCAACUGGCUCUGCUCAGUUCAGUGCCAUCAUAAGUACAGUAGUCCGCCCUUAUCCACGGGGCUCCAUUCCAAGGCCCCAGCAGAUGCCAGAAAUCACAGUGCCAAAACCUAUAUAUAUGAUACUUUUUCCUAUACAUACCUAUGAUAAAAUUUUAUUUAGGCACAGUAAGAGAUUAGGAAAAAUAGCAAAUAAUAAAACAACCAUAACAAUAUACUGUAAUAAAAGUUUCACAAAUGUGGUUCUUCUCCCAAAAUACCUUAUUGUGCUUUCGCUCUUUUACUCACAGGAAGCACUUUCCACCUCUUUGGCAUAUCUGAAUUGCCAGGAGCCUGACUCUUGCACUCAAAGGCCAUUUUUCAAUAAAGUAAGUUUUACUUGAACAUGAGCCCUGAGAUACUGCGACAGUGGAUCUGAUAACAGACAUGGCACUGGGUAGCUAACGGGUGAAUAGCGUAUAUAGCGUGGAUACACUGGGCCAAGGGAUGAGGCACGUUCCACGAGAGACACAGCAGGAUGGCUCAAGAUUUCAUCACGUUACUCAGGACUGUAAAAUUUAACUCAGAAAGUGCUUCGUUUUCCAUCUAAUAUUUUUGGACCAGUUGACCAGUAACCUCAGAGCAAAACCAUGGCUAAGGGAGGACUACUGUAAUGUUGCCACAUUUUUCCACUAGGUGUGCUCAGAUUGGUGCUGAUUCUUGUUGGUGCUUCUCUCCAUCCUCUCUUGCUUCUCAAGAUACCAUUAUUGUAUUUUCACAGCCUUUCAAACACAAGUCAUUUAGUGUGGCAUUUACCAUCAGGCAUCUGAGCCUUUGCAAAUAUAGCUCAAAAGAAAAACCA